AUGGACAGCACCGUGCUGGACGAUCUGGACGCUGCAGCUUUUCUGCAGAUCUGGCAACAGUUUGACCCCAAAGAUCACGGAUACAUCGAAGUGAAGCAGGUGGACGCCUUCUUACAAAGCAUGCUGGGAAAAUCUGGGAUGAAGAGUGAGGAGGAACCCGAGGACAGAAUCAGAGGACUGAGAGAGAGACUGGAGUCCUCACGUGACGUCACCGCUGACGGCCGCCUGCAGAUACACGAGUUGGCCUCCCUGAUGCUGUCAGAGGAGGAAAACUUCCUGCUCCUGUUCCGCAGGGAGACGCCGCUGGACAACAGUGUGGAGUUCAUGAGGAUCUGGAGAAACUACGACACUGACAGCAGCGGCUACAUCUCAGCAGCUCAGCUCAAAGGUUUCCUUGGAGACCUCUUCCUCCAGCACAGCGAGUCAGUCACCGCCGACAGACUGGACACGUACAGCGACACCAUGAUGAAGAUGUUUGACAGAGACAAAGAUGGCAGACUGGACCUGAAUGACCUCGCCAGAAUUUUGGCCCUGAAAGAAAACUUCUUACUGAAGUUCAAGAUGGACGCGUGCAGCCAGGAGGACCGGAAGAGAGACUUUGAGAAGAUCUUCGCUCACUACGACGUCAGUAAAACAGGCGCGUUGGAAGGCCCUGAAGUGGAUGGAUUUGUCAAAGACAUGAUGGAGCUUGUGAAGCCCAGCCUCGGCAGCACAGACCUGGACAAGUUCAGGAAGGCUCUGAUGCGUCACUGCGACAUCAACGGGGACGGGAAGAUCCAGAGGAACGAGCUGGCUCUCUGCCUCGGCCUCAAACACAGCUAACACUCUUACAGGAGUCAGAUCACAUCCUCGAGCCCUCCCUGUGUGCCUCUCAGUGUUGUGUUUAAGGUGUUAAUAGCUGAUAUCCAUCAUUUGUAUUUAAUGUCACCAGAUUUACUUUAAAAGUCCAGUUAAUGUGUCUUUAUGUGAAUUUAAAUGCCACUGUAGUGAAGGUUGUGCAGUUACAUAUGACCUGAAACAAUGAUUGCAUGAUACAAUUAAUGUUUAAUCAGUGAA